AUGAGUAUCUUCUUCAAGUCACCAAUUGAUAUCGAGGUUUUAUUGGACGGUGAGGAAUCGCGCAAGCACGUCGAAAUUGCCAAUGCUGAUAAUCACGCGGCAAGAACGCUGAAGGACCGAUUUCCUGUUUACGAGGACGGCGAAAGUGUUAGUGGAAUAGUUACUCUGAGAGUAAAAGAAGGCAAAAAACUAGAGCAUUUGGGUGUCAAGGUUAGUUUGGUGGGUAGCGUCGAUAUAUCGAAAUCCAGUUCUGAACGGAAAAAGCGUCCAGUGGAAACGUUUUUGAGUAUGAGUGCCGAUCUGUGCCCGCAUGGUGAACUGACUCACUCCCAAAGCUUCCCGUUUAACUUCAAAGAUGUGGAGAAGCGCUACGAGUCGUACCGGGGUAAAAAUGUCGACGUCUCUUACUACGUGAAAGUUACAGUGUUACGAAAGUCCACAGACAUCGUCAAACAUAAGCCGUUUUGGUGUCUGCUUUAUAAUAGAGAUCCUAUGCCAGCUGCGGUGUCCAAAACAGCGGACAAGGAUAUGCCCGUGAAGCUUGAUAUCGGGAUUGAGAACUGCCUGCACAUAGAAUUCGAGUAUUCAAAGCCCCACUUUUCCCUCAAGGACGUAAUUGUUGGGAGGAUUUAUUUUCUGUUGACGAGGCUCAAGGUCAAGCAUAUGGAGCUCAGCGUAAUAACGCGAGAGACAUGCGGACUGGAGCCCAACCAACUUUCAGACUCCACAUCCAUCCGCUACGAGAUCAUGGACGGUUCUCCGGUAAAAGGCGAAACCAUACCAAUAAGACUUUUUCUAGGGGGUUACGAACUAACACCUACUAGCAACUUCAACCAUUUCAGCAUCAAAAAUUACUUGAGUUUGGUGAUCAUUGACGAGGAUGGCCGACGGUACUUCAAGCAGUCAGAGAUCACUCUCUACCGAAGGCGCACCUGA